CAGAAACGAGCUGCUGGAUGUAGAAGGAAAGUAGAUCGUGCGCACGGAAAAUGCCUCUAAGUGAUAAGUGUUGCCAGACUGACCACCAUCACCAUGGAUGCUGUGAACCAGUGCAUCUGUUGGAACCUGGUGAUCCUCCGUUAUUACAGCAGCCAAUGCAAACAUCAAAAUCUGGUAUUCAACAGAUCAUUGAGUGUUUUAGAUCAGGAACGAAACAACUUAAACAUAUCUUGUUAAAAGAUGUGGACACCAUUUUUGAGUGUAAAUUGUGCCGGAGUCUCUUCAGAGGAUUACCAAAUUUAAUUACUCAUAAAAAGUUUUAUUGUCCUCCAAGUCUCCAGAUGGAUGAUAAUCUCCCAGAUAUAAAUGAUAAACAGAGUCAAGCCAUACAUGACCUCCUGGAAGCAAUCUAUCCCAGGGUAGAUAAGCAAGAAUAUGUAAUCAGAUUGGAACCUAUAGAAACUAAUCAGAAUGCUGUAUUUCAGUAUGUAUCGAGGACUGAUAGCCCAGAUGAGAACACAGAAAGCAGUAAUACCCCUGACCAAGCUCCAGUACAGAUACAGGAACCCAGCACUGAGCAACCCAAGACUGUUUCAGCUCCAGCCCCAAUCCCAGCUGGGGAGACUGUAGAAUUACCUCCUGCUGAUCCCGUUACAAACAAGGUGAUACCUACUCCUGAAGAACAGCCUCCAGCAGUAAAUCCUGAGUUGGACUCCCUGGAUAAUUCUGAUUUUGGCCACCAGCUGAUAUGUUGCCUUUGUAGGAAAGAGUUUCAUUCCAGACGCAGCGUACGCCGGCACAUUCGAAAAGUGCACAAAAAAAAGAUGGAAGAGCUGAAGAAGUUCAUAGAGACAAAAAGGAAACCAAACCAGUGCUCUGCGAAAGGACGAAAUAAAAACGUUCUUGUAACGUUGGGUAGAAGUUGUCCCGUGUGUUAUAAAUCCUUUGCCACAAAAGCCAACGUAAGGAGGCAUUUUGAUGAAGUUCAUAGAGGAUUAAGAAGGGAUUCCAUUACUCCUGAUAUAGCUACAAAGCCCGGGCAGCCUUUGUUCUUGGAUACAGCUUCUGCUAAAAAAUCUUUUAAGACCCGAAAACAAAAGUCGUCUGCGAAAGCUGAAUACAAUUUAACUGCAUGCAAAUGUCUUCUGUGCAAGAGAAAAUAUAGUUCUCAAAUAAUGCUGAAAAGGCACAUGCAAAUUGUUCACAAGAUAACUCUUUCUGGAAAGAACUCUAAAAGAGAGAAAGGACCCAACAAUACUGCCAAUGGCACAGAAAUAAAAGUUAAAGUUGAACCAGCAGAUUCUGUAGAACCUUCACCCCCUUCCAUUGCCCUUUCUCCACAGAAUGAAUUAAAGGGAACAAAUCAUUCAAAUGAGAAAAAGAGCACAUCGUCAGCACAGAAAAAUAAAGUUAAACAGGACCCUGAAAACCCUAAAUCAACUUCUAAAUCAGCCUCUAAAUCAACCACUAAAUCAACCUCUAAAUCAACCAACGCAUCUGCUGCAGGUGGCCAGCAAAAAACCAGGAAACCAAAACUUUCAGCUGGCUUUGACUUCAAGCAGCUUUACUGUAAACUCUGUAAACGCCAAUUUACUUCUAAACAGAACUUGACAAAACACAUUGAGCUGCACACGGAUGGGAAUAACAUUUAUGUUAAAUACUACAGGUGUCCCCUGUGCUCUUACGAAACGCGUCGCAAACGUGAUGUGAUAAGGCACAUAACUGUAGUUCAUAAAAAGUCACCACGCUACCUUGGAAAAAUAACUGCAAGUCUAGAAAUUAGAGCCAUAAAAAAGCCAAUUGAUCUUGUUCUAAACAAGGUGACAAAAAGAGGCCCUCAGAGGGAUGAAACAAAACAGAUCGGUUCCAAACAGGAUGUCACCUCUAAUUCUCCCAAUAAAAAGUAUGAGGGAGCUGAUGUUGGCAUUGAAGUAAAAGUAACAAAAAACUUUUCUCUGCACCGAUGCAAUAAAUGUGGGAAAGCCUUUGCCAGAAAAGCUUUUCUAGAACACCAUAAGAAAACCCACAAAGCAAAUGUAUCUCAUUCACCUGAAGAAAAUAAAACCAAAGGCAGAAGUACAAGAUCUAAAGCUGUUGUCUGGUGA